AUGGCAUCAAUAGCAAUAGAAAGCAAACCGGUUGAAAGAUCGAGCCUAACAAAAGACUUCAAGAAGCAGAAAAGAGAGGAUGUCAAACAGGGCAUGAAGGAUGUGUAUGGAGACAACAUCAGACUUGCCACAUACUCGACAGACUCCGACAUAGAGCCAAUCAAAAUGAAUUGGUAUAACAAGGAUCCACUUAAAAGAGGCCCAGUUGUUUGUUCAAGAUUUAGAAGUGGACUUACCAAGCACAACGCAAUUGGUGCCCACUCAGGCCCAUAUUCCAUAUACCAUGCCUUGAGUAUCGCCUCCAGGAGGCUGGACCCCCACCAUCAGGCAGACUACUCCCAGGCCAAUCCACCAUUCAAGUUCCCACAGGUUCCAGAGUGGAGUGAGCCGGGGAAAAUCGUUUCUUUGGAUCCAUUUGGCCACAUGACCCCGUGGUUGUACUCCGGGGUGGAAAAGAAGGAAAACGUGGAGGUGAGGCCCUCGAUGGCAAUCACAAAAGCUGUGUUGUCUCUUCCAGAGAUCAAGGAAGAGGUCCAGAAGGGCCACCUCAAGCCAGACGGAAAAAUCGUGUUGAAUAAAAAUGGAGACAUGGCAUGCACGAAAGUGGCAGUUGACCCAGUCUGGUAUCUUCCGGGUGUGGCCGAGAGGCUUGGAAUCAGUGAGGUGGAUCUCAGAAGAGCGCUUUUUGAGGAUACAAACGGCAUGUAUCCCGAAUUGGUGACCAGACCAGACAUCAAGGUGUUUGCACCACCUAUUGGAGGCUGCACAGCAUACAUUUUCGGUGAUCCAGCCAACUUGCACAAGGAUGACAAGCGUCUUUCGCUCAGAGUUCACGAUGAGUGCUGUAGCUCGGAUGUUUUCCUCUCUGACAUCUGCUCGUGCAGAUGCUACCUUAUAUUUGGACUGGUUGAGGCUGCUAAAGAGGCCCAGAAGGGCGGAAAUGGCCUCAUCUGCUACUUCAGGAAGGAGGGCAGAUGCUUGGGAGAAGUGACCAAGUACAUGGUGUACAAUGCAAGAAAGAGAACUGGAGAUACUGCCAACAACUACUUCCCAAGAACAGAGAAGAUCGCAGGUGUUAAAGAUGCCAGAUUCCAGGAGUUGAUGCCGGACAUUCUACACUGGUUUGGAAUCCACCGGAUCGACAGAAUGCUCUCUAUGAGCAACCUGAAGUACGAUGCAAUUGUGAAUUCUGGAAUCGACAUUGUCGAGAGAGUCGAAAUCCCAGACUAUCUUCUUCCCGCUGACUGCAAGGUCGAGAUAGAUGCCAAGAUUGCAUCUGGCUACUUCACAAACGGCCACCGGUACACGGAAGAGGAGUUGAAGAAGAUCAAGGGAAGAGAGUGGGAGAAGCUAUGA